UAUAAAUUUCAGCAGUUUGUCUAUCUGUUUUAAUCAUCUAAAAAUUUUAAGUUUAACAUUAAAAUGUAAUAUUCUAAUAAAUGAUUACGAUUAUGCCAAAAACAGUAACUCAAAAUGAGGCAAGACGAAAUCGCUGGUUUUUUGGUGGUAUAUCUAGCGCUGCAGCUACUUUUUUUACACAUCCUUUGGAUUUGCUUAAGGUCCAUUUGCAGACACAUGAGAAAAAAAUGUCUUUCAAGCGUGCAGUUUUUGGGGUUUACAAUUCACAUGGAAUGUUGGCCUUUUAUAAUGGCAUAUCGGCAUCAUUAACGCGGCAGUUAACAUAUACCACCAUUCGAAUUGGAAUAUAUGAAGUUGGAAAGCCCCACAUUAAUCUGCAAAACUUUUCCAGCAAAAUCGGGUUAGCGGCUAUAGCCGGAGCAAUGGGUGGCUUCAUUGGCGUACCCACCGACAUGGUAAAUAUACGCAUGCAACACGACAUGAAGCUACCAGUAGACAAAAGACGAAACUACAAUCAUGUUUUUGAUGGCAUGUUACGUAUCUAUAAAGAAGAAGGACUAUCUAGGCUAUUUACUGGUAGCAGCUUAGCUAUUGUCAGAGCGAUGGUCAUGACCAUAGGUCAGUUGGCAGUGUAUGAUCAGGCGAAAAUAUUUUUAUUGUCAUCAACUAAUCUACGAGAGGGUGUACCAUUGCACUUUCUUUCUUCGGUGACAGCUGCAACAGCAGCUACAACAUUAACACAACCCAUUGACUUAGUGAAAACACGAGCUAUGAACGCUAAACCCGGAGAUUACGAAAGCCUUUCGCACAUAGCCGCUGGCAUAGGCAAAUUGGGUCCGUAUGGGUUUUUCAAAGGAUUCUUGCCAGCCUUCGUGCGCGUAGGUCCACAUACUAUACUAAUGUUUUUAAUAAUGGAACAAUUGCGAUUACAUUUCGGAAUUAUAGAACAACCAGCAUAGCAUAGUUAAA